AUAUAAAUUUUGUUUUAUUCAAUAUGAGACGAAAUCUCAUUUUUCUUGAUUUUUUCUAAAAGCUCAAAAUCUGAAGAGUGAUGUAAGUUAUUCUUGGCCGCAAAGCUUGGAGUAGGAAAGAUCCUUAUCUGCCACGUUGAGUUUUAUAUAGUGGGCUCCACCUCACUCCAUCUUCAUUGGUAUCCCCCUUAUAAAACAAACUCAAUCACAUACACAUUUUCCAAUUUUUUAUUUUUAUUUUAUUUUAUUUUCUUUCUAUUUAUUUUUUCACUUCCCAACUUCUUUGGGUUGGAUGUAUAUAAGUUUUUCUUCUGCAAUCAUUUGGGAAUUUGGAGCAAGCCUUUCUUUGUGUUCCUGUAACUACUAAACUGUAAUUUGACAAUCGAUUAAGGGGCGAAGAUGGACUACAUGUAUGGAUCAGGGAGGCACCAUCUGUUUGUUCCGGGACCAACAAAUAUCCCAGAACCUGUGAUCAGAGCAAUGAAUCGAAACAACGAGGAUUACCGUUCACCUGCCAUUCCUGCACUCACUAAAAUACUUCUUGAAGAUGUCAAGAAGAUCUUCAAAACUACCACCGGAACCCCAUUUUUGUUCCCCACCACAGGUACUGGUGCUUGGGAAAGUGCACUGACCAACACUUUAUCGCCUGGAGACCGAAUAGUAUCCUUUCUGAUAGGGCAAUUUAGUUUGCUCUGGAUUGAUCAGCAGCAACGCCUUGGCUUCGAUGUUGAUGUCGUGGAGAGUGACUGGGGACAAGGCGCAAACCUUGAAGUGUUGUCGUCAAAGCUAGCGGCUGAUGCCGCACACACUAUCAAGGCUAUCUGCAUUGUCCAUAAUGAGACUGCUACUGGGGUUACCAACAAUUUGGCCACUGUGAGGAGGAUUUUAGACCACCACAAUCACCCUGCACUCCUCCUUGUCGAUGGAGUGUCAUCGAUCUGUGCACUAGACUUCCGCAUGGAUGAGUGGGGUGUCGAUGUUGCAUUGACUGGAUCUCAGAAAGCACUUUCUCUUCCAACUGGAAUGGGUAUUGUUUGUGCAAGCCCUAAAGCUCUAGAAGCUUCCAAGACGGCUAAAUCUGUCCGCGUUUUCUUUGAUUGGAAGGAUUACUUAAAGUCUUACAAAAUAGGUACUUACUGGCCUUACACCCCAUCUAUCCAACUGCUCUAUGGUCUUAGAGCUGCUUUGGAUCUUAUCUUUGAGGAAGGUCUUGACAAUGUCAUUGCAAGGCAUGCCCGCCUCGGGAAAGCAACUAGACUAGCAGUAGAAGCUUGGGGUUUAAAGAAUUGUACACAGAAAGAAGAGUGGUUCAGUGACACCGUUACUGCUGUGGUUGUUCCUCCCCACAUCGAAAGUACUGAGGUCGUAAAAAGGGCAUGGAGGAGAUAUAACAUGAGUUUGGGUCUCGGUUUAAACAAAGUCGCUGGCAAGGUUUUCAGAAUAGGGCAUCUCGGAAAUGUGAAUGAGUUGCAACUGCUGGGUUGUUUGGCCGGGGUGGAGAUGAUACUGAAGGAUGUGGGUUACCCCGUCAAGCUAGGCAGUGGAGUUGCAGCAGCGGCUGCAUACCUGCAGAACAGCACGCCGAUGAUUCCUUCUAGGAUCUGAUGCAAUCCAUUUUGUUUGUAAUUAGUAAUUACCUUUGUUUAUUGGUAUACCUUUGUAUAAAAAUAAUGUGUAAUAUCUGCCUUUUCUUCGGCCUGCACUCUUUUAAGCCUUCUUUGGACAAUCACAAUCGAAUCUCUGUGUUUCAUCUAAGCUUUUGCUUUGUUAUAUGAUCAAGUUACUUCCAGCU